AUGAAGAUGAUGGCUAGGCCUGAACAAGGCCCGGCCAUGACUUCAGCCAUUACCAUACGGGAGCUCUAUGAGACGGAAAUUUUGGCUGAGCCCGAGCCAGGUGGAGCAGAGAGCCGGCACUUUCGAGAAGGAGCUCUGGCCUUCAAGGAUUACAUGAGGCUCAUAGCUGACCUGGAUGAUGAAGGUGACCAGAACAGCUUAGAUGUGGUGAACAAAGACGGUGGCACUGGCAGCUCCAGCACCUACGAUAGCCUUUGCAAGUGCCAGGUGCCUCAACAGCCGCAAGCCCUGCAGGCCCCACAGGCUCCACAGGCUCCACAGGCCCCACAGGCCCCACAGGCCCCACAGGCCCCACAGGCUCUAGAGGCCUGGCAGGCCCUACAGGCUCCGCAGGCCCCACAGGCCCCACAGGCUCUAGAGCCCUGGCAGGCCCUACAGGCUCCGCAGGCCCCACAGGCCCCACAGGCUCUAGAGCCCUGGCAGGCCCUACAGGCUCCGCAGGCCCCACAGGCCCCACAGGCUCUAGAGCCCUGGCAGGCCCUACAGGCUCCGCAGGCCCCACAGGCUCUAGAGCCCUGGCAGGCCCCACAGGCCCCACAGGCUCUAGAGCCCUGGCAGGCCCCACAGGCCCCACAGGCUCUAGAGCCCUGGCAGGCCCUACAGGCUCCACAGGCUCUAAAGGCCCCACAGGCUCCCAAGGCUCUGAAGGCCCCGAAGCCAAUGCACAAGGCCAUGACGACUCUGAAGCCCCGGCGCAGGACUGAGCAGCACCGGCGCAGGCGACUACGCAAGUUCUCACCCUGGCAGCUGGAGGAAAUGGAAAAUGUUUUCCAAGAAAUUCAGUAUCCUGAUGCCUCCACAAGGAGUCAGCUUGCCAGAAUCAUCUGUGUGACUGAUGCCAGAGUGAAGAUUACGAGAUUCACGAGCAAUCAAGAUGGCAAACCAAAUUCAAAAGCCAAUAGCAAUCCAGGAAAAAACUCCAGUGACAGUGAAGAAGAAACAGAGGAUUUCCACCCCUGUGAUUCCCCAAUGACUCCACCUACCCGGAUCGAGAUGGAGAUGGGAAGGAUGGCCGCUCCUGAGCAAGGUGCAGCCGCUUCAGUGAGAGGUGGCCAAGUGCUUGAAGAAGCACUAGGCCUCGUGGAGGCGGGCCAGCACCUGAGUGGUGAAGAGCUAGUUCAGGAUGGUGAUAUGAACGCUCUUGAAGGCUUGGCGGUGGAGAGUGAUAGCCUUGAUGACAUAGACCAGAACGGUGAGCAGGACCAGGCAGAGCUUGUCCUCAUGGGUGCUGGGGCCGCUCCACAUCAACGAAGGCGACGACGAGGACAACAAAUACAGUUCCAGUUCACCCAGGGGCAGGUAGACGAGCUCGAAACUGUUUUCCAAGAAACUCGGUACCCAGAUCUGCUCACACGGAGGGUGCUUGCAAGAGGCAUGAAUGUGCCUGAAGAAAAAGUGCAGAGCUGGUUCAACAAUAGAAGAGCCAAAUAUAGGCGAGCCCAGAGAGUGGAAAUGCUGCGACAUCAACCUCAGGGAGCUGAAGAUUUUAUUUCCAUGACAGAAGUGCAAGAGCCCUAA